CUAACAUUACGGUAGGAAGCUAGCUAACCGACCCUACUCCAUUUUAACAACAGUAGGUUCUUACUUAUUGUAAGCCUAGCGUUGAGAUGUGAGGAUGCUGACAGUACUUACUCGCCGUGCGUCGGACUUUCUGAGAGUUUCUAAAAGUGGAGCAUCUUGUAGAGGAGGGAAAAAUACGUGAUACAUUUGAAAAAUGGAGAGCUGUCCCGGUCCGGUGAGCUGAAACAUGGGAGCAAGUGCUUCAGUAUCGCUCUGUAGUGACCCGUCCUCAGUGAGAAUCCUCAGGCCCAGUGCUAAGGUCAGCCCAGAGCCCAAUGCAUUGUCCGACAGGUGUGUCUUUGGUGUUUCCUUUGAAACUCUGAGAGAGAACGGGCAGAUGAUCUGUGGCAUACCCCUUGUGCUAAGAGACAUGGUGGAGUUCCUGGAUAAGAAUGGAAUGCACCACAGAGGUCUGUUCCGCCUGUGUGGGUCGGUGCUACGGACCAGGCAGCUGAGGCAGCUGUCAGACCAUGGAGAGAGGGUGGACCUCGAGCAUGAGGGAGAUGUCUCCACCGUGGCAUCGCUUCUCAAACUCUUCUUUCGGGAGCUGCCAACCCCCGUAGUGCCCGAACCCCAGCGCAAAAAGCUGGUUCUGAGCCUCACAGGAUAUGCAGCUGAGGCAGAUAUAAACCAGUCUCUGAGAGAAAACCUUCGCCACUUCCCUGAAGACAACCUUAUUAUUUUGUCUUACCUCAUCCACUUCCUGUCCAGAGUGGCCGCUCACAGCAAUUCAAAUCACAUGCCUGUGGAAAAUCUGGCAACCAUCUUCGGACCUUGUAUAUUUCAGGUUCCUGCAGGACCCAGGAUGCUGGAGGAGCAGAAUGUGUGUAAUGCCCUGUUGCACCAUCUUCUGAGGCACCAGCAGGUUCUCUUUCCAAUUCCGGCCGAGGACUCAGUGGCCUCCUCGAUCACCUCCUCACCCCCUCCUCCUACGCUCUCUGCUCUUUCACACUUUGAGGUCAGAUCCAGCAGCUGUCACUCAGACAAAAAUAGUGUGGCGAGGUUGGCGGGAGAGACCACUUCAGUGUCAGCGACCAGUGCUUUUAACCAAACAAUAAUGAUGCAAUGUCAACUCAACAGUCCUGACACAGUGGCGCAGGGUUGUGAAACCAGCUCUGACGUCAGCGCUGACAUUCAGAAGCUGAUUUCCGACCAGGAGGCUCUGAACGAGAGCAGUGACAGCACAGAGGCAGGCUGGGUGCUCUCCUGCCCCCCUGACCCAGGGUCAGAGCAAUGCCCUCACCAGAGCAGACCUCCCGGAAGCCUCCAGGAGUUGGAGUGUACCACACAAGGGACCUUUUCUCAGUACAAGAUUCCACUAUCAAAGGAUAAAGACGGAGAAGAGGAGGAAGAGGCUUCCACAGAUGCAAGGCCAACAUCAUCUAUUUCAGACAGCUGCAUAGCGAAUGAAUCACAGAGCAACACCCAAACACAGACUCACCACAGAGAGAGCUUGUUGUGCUGCACAGAGUACAAGCCAGGAGCCACAACCCCAGUACGUAAGGGGAGAGGAGGAGGAGGAGGAGGAAGAGGAGGAGGAUGUCGUGGUUCUCCUGACAAUGAUUGCAGAGGAAGAAACAUCAGCCAUGACAGUCCCUCCCUCAAGCUACAAGCCCUGGAGGCUGACUUGGGACCCCUGUCUUCACCGGUAGACCCCCAAGCUCAGGAUAACCUACCUGUCCAGCAUCAGCCUCUUUUUACAGAAGAGCAGAGCCUGUAUCUGACCCACAAGCUGCUUCUCCCCUCGCCGUCGUACGCACCAAAUCAGGAUCAGGUCGACUCAUCACAGUCUGUACACACCCCAUCCCCUGAUUCAUCAGAGUUCAGUCCUAUCCUCUCCACCACCCUUCUCUCUGAGGGGAUUUCAGGAAAUGACACCCUGCCGAGCCCACCAGGUUCUAAAACCAGCCCACUCCUCUCUCGUUUUAUGAUGAGCGACUGCCCCAUUCCCUCGCCGCGCUGCCCGAACCUCAGUCACAGCCUACGCUACAACCUAGACCCUGAUACAGCCCCUUCUCCACCGGCCUCACAACACAUAUGCAUGGCUCGAAGCAGUGUUCACACAGAGCCAGACGAGGGCUCUGUGUCCAUCUCAGUGCUCAACAGACACAUUCACACCCUGAAGAAGAGGAUCAGGCGUUUCGAGGAGCAUUUUGAACAGGAGAAGCACUAUAAGCCGGCCUACAACGACAAGACGGCCCAUCCAGAAGUGGCCAGACUGAUGAAGGAGCUCAUCAAGAGUCGCAAGCAGCUAAAAGAGCUGAAGCUGAGGCACUCAGAAGAAGGCGGAGUGAAAGGACAAGGAGACUUCAAGCCAUCUUCUGAAACAUGCAGGAACAACAUAGACCAGAGGGAGGCAGCACUAACAGGGACUGAGCUGCAGCAACUUAACAACAACACCAACAUCAGACCAAAUGUGGAGGAAACGGUCAAUAUCAUAACCAACAGACUGAAGGAAAGACGCAGAGAGCAGGGCCUGCCUGACAGCGUUAAGGAGAUGUCCAGUUUCCAGAUGACGAUGGAGAAGAACAGCCUGCAGAAGUGUUUGCUCCACUUUGAGAGUCUGCACGGACGGCCGAGUACCAGGCUGGAGCGGACUCUGAUGAAACCUUUCUACGAUCGGUACCGUCUUCUCAAGCAGCUGCUUUCUUCUGCUGCUGCAACCGUUAUUACGACCAUUGAGGAAGAGGAGGGCUCUGAUGAAGAGGGUUCCAAACAGCGAAGCCCCAAGCUGCAGCCGCUCCGGCUGAAAUCUCCCAGGUGUGUGUCUUCAGAUGAGUCGCUGCAUCUGCCUUCAUUAGAAAUGUCUGAAAUACCUCUGGUGUCCCCGCUGGAGGAGGUGAAGUGUUUCCAGCCACAGAUCAUCACCAUGGCAACACUACAUGAAGCUUCCAGAUCAGAAUUACUGGAUCACCUUAGGAUGACCCGGUCGGAGAAGAGGAGGCUUCACCAAGCGCUCCGAGAGUUUGAGGAGCAUUUCUACACACAGACCGGCAGGGCUUGUCAGAAGGAGGACCGCGGGCCGAUGGCGGAGGAGUACUGCCAGUACAAGAACCUCAAAGCGAAGCUCCGUCUACUGGAGGCCCUGCUCAGUAAACAAGACUCAACCAGGACCGGAUGAGUUAACUCACAGUGGGACUUUGAUCUAACUUAACAGGAUGUGAAGCCGGUGGGUCUGCUCUUGUUUCAUGCCAUGCUCAUUAUGUGGGCGCACUUUACAUGAAGAACACUGAUGAACAUUGGUGACAAUCUUAAUGAAAUGUUCAUUUGAGUUCUUUUUAAGUUCCAAAAACACAUCCUCUGUCGUUUAUGACGCAUCUUAUUACAAACCUGAUGUAGCAAGUGUAUUUCAUGUAGCACUAAUUUAUGUCAAGUGUUGUGAAGAGAUGAAACAACCUGUUGUUAGUUACAUAUUAGUUAUUAUAAGAUUACUGUACGUACACUAUGGCACUUUGUUACUAGCUUGUAUUCAUUGCCAAAAUACUAUUUUUAAACAGCUUUGUCCAUGUGGAAAGUGUUAUCUCGGCGAAAAAGGUGUAAGCUUAAAUGCAAUCAAUGAGACAAUCCUGUCGUGUUUGUGCAUGUCAGUUUUUUAAUCCUACAUUGUGCUAUGAUAUGCAUUAAGAAUUUCAUAGUUGAUCUAAAUUGUGACGGUUCAUUUUACAUGUUUACUUUGAAAAAUAUGUGAAUGUUGGUGGACGUCGGCCUUGUAGUGCAAGUUCUAUCUGCUGUCAUUAGUAUUUAUCCCCCAAAUAUUCUUGUAAGAAGUAAAUUCACCUUAAAUGCAGUUGUUGACAAUGACUUUGACAUUGUGCACAUAUAUAGAUAUAUAUAGAUAUAUAUAAAUGAAUGAAUGUAUCAAUAAAAUAAAUAUUUUUUCACAUU